AUUACAGGGGUGGGUGCGGGUAUUGAUCACUGAAGUAAAUGCGGUAUUGAGGUUGAAAAGUUAUUGCAUGGAUUAACUAAGUCAGCAGGUUAUCCAUGAAUAAAAAGAAACGAUAUAUACUACUUCAUAUGUUGUUUAUGUGUGAUCCGUCGCUUGCGGUUUUCUGAGUUGUGUGCGCUCCACUUGGUUGGAUAACUGCGGAGUUGGAGGAAAUAUAUUCGGUUUGUUCACUGUUGAGUGACAUACUAAGUUCUUUGCAUAUUUUUGUGGCCACACGUCGAAUAUUUCUAUACCAGUUUUGAUCGUCUACGGAACCUGUAUAUGUGAUAUCCUAGCAUAUUCCAUAUGUAUUCAUAGUAAUUUAUCGUUAUAUUAUGCAGUAAAAUUUUGAAUUAAUUUCAAUUAGUUUGUAUAAACUGUGGAGCUCAUUUCAUCGAUGAUAACACCACUGGGUGAUAUGGAUGAGUUUGAUGAAGGUGUUGUUGCUGACCAUCAUCGCACACAUGACGGGGGUUUUGGUGACCCAAGUUGUCUUCACUAUCAGAGCUUCGAUAAAUCUGGACCAAACUGGGUUAAUAUGCUCCGACAGCAAGGCGCAUCGGUUGAUGAAACUAGCCCACAAACUACGCAUCUUAGUCCAGAUGUACACAGCAUAUCGGACUUAAAUUCCUUUGACUAUGGACAGCGUCUACCCUCGUUAGAAGGCAGCUCAAGUGCUCCAAUUAGCAAAGGAACACCUAAUUUGGCCUCGCAUUCACUUUUCGCAUGGCAACCGUUUGGCAGCACAUCAGUUCACAACCAGCCGCAAGCUUCGUCUUUUCACGGGCAACCUGGACAUUUGAUUCCACUAAUCCCAGGUUCGACUUCCGCUUACAGUGGGAUGGUUAAUUCUUCUCCCGCUAAUUCAAUGCCAACAUCAACCGACCUAAUUGAAUGUCAUCAGAAAAAUAAUUCCCACUAUGCCUACUCUGCUACUUAUUCUAGUUCACCUUUAUCAAAUAAAUCUCGUCCUAUUGUACUAAGCCCAGCUACCCAAUCAGGGUGCUGUUCAUCUGAUGUGCAAAAUCUACGUCUAGGAAUGCUUUUGCCUAAUUCCCACUCUCCAACCACUGCUCCAGUACCAGUUUAUGCACCUUCACUUACAUCUACUAGUACUUCUAGUUCAGCACCUCAUCAGGCCUUUUGUUCGCCAAAUAGCUCUUCAAAUUCUAAUCUAUUCAUUACUUCUCCAGCACUGGCUAGUCAUCCAAUUCAAGACCCCACUAAAAUCGUCAGUCAAAAACAGCGUUCAAAAAAGGAAAGCCAUAACAGAAUUGAACGAAAGCGACGGGAUUAUAUUAAUUCACAAAUCGUCUACCUCAGCAGCUUACUUCCACCAGAACUGUAUCGUGAUGUAGAUGGACGUCGAAAUAAGGGUAGUGUUCUACGACUUUCAGUCAGUUAUAUUAUGGAAUUGCGCGAAGCUGUAUCAAGAAUGGAAAGUCUGAAACAAGAGAAUACCAUUGCACGUCAGUUAAUUCCCCUUCUUUUACAACGUAUCGAGAGUCUGGAGAAAAUGACCUCAGAAUCAAAUGAUCUGAAAUCCGGACAACAGUUACAUCAUUCUCCAUCCGCUAGUUCCUUAAGAAACUUACAGUCACUCGAAGCUGUUUAUCAGUCAUGGCUUUUAUUAAAUGAGGCAAAUCAACGUAGCUGUAAUGGUAGCGGGAAUGCGUCAAAUUUGUCGGCAUCCGUUUCACGACAUUCGAUGCAUCCUGCACAAACAAAUCCAAACGAUAGUCGGUAUUUGCAUGAAUUAAUGAUGCAGAAUGAAACGCAAGCUGAUCUUGACUUCAGCAGUUCUAAAUUGCACCCUGUCACAUCCAGACAUAAUGUGAAUGUAAAAAGAGAACAUGGUGAUGAAGAAGAACGAAUAGAUGAUUGCAACUCAUUGUGUGUUAAUUCAGAUACACGACGUCCAGGAUGCUCAUCUAGAUCAAGCUUUACUGACCAUCAAACAUCGGAUAGAAUUGAAGAGGAGGUAGCAUCGCAGGAUGGAAGCUUUGAAAGCAGACCCAAUUCCGCCUAUGAAUGUUAUCCGCACAAUCUCCCAAGAACCCCACAGUCUAGUGUUUUUCAACAGAAUCACUGAUGAAUAGUACAAUUAUCUGAAAUUCAUCUCUAAUUUUGCGCCGUUUUGUUUUGUUGGGUCGAGAAAUCUUCAUUUUUUGUAAACUGACUCUCCAUCGUAUUGUUAAGAAUGAAAUUUGUUUCUUCCUCUGGAUUAUCACAGUC